UAAUGAAUUAGCAAUAAAAAUAAGGUGGAAGUGAUUAACCUAAUCAAAUUACUAUUAAUGUUGUUGUAAAUUUACCAUAAUCUACUUUAAAAAUAUAAGUCAAUAUUAACCAUGAUAUCCCAUUUGAUAAAUUUAUAAAUGGAAUUAAAGAAUAAAUAUUUGCUCAAAAAAUGAAAGCUCAAUAUGAGGAAACCAUUGAGUAUUUACUGGAAAAUGGAUCCAUUAUAUAAUCAAAUGAAAUUAGAACAUUAUAGAUUUUAGGUUUCAAAAAUAAUUGUACACUUUAGGUAAGGCUUAUGCUCAAAGGAGGAUGAUU